CGAGAAAUUAGAUAUAAAGUGAAUGAUUUUGAGUUCCCAUCUCCCUUGCUUUCUUUAAACAAACUGUUCACAAUCUUUAAGCAGUCAUCAACACAUCAGCGUAUUAACAAAUUUGCUUUCGUUUUCCCACAAAGUAUUUCAGUUUAGAGAGAAGAAUAAGUGAAUUAUGGAAGAAUUAGAUAAAGCUCAAGUUCAACUUCUUAAGAAUGCAUUCGAUGCCUUCGAUCAGGAAAAAAAAGGAUGCAUUGGAACCACCAUGAUUGGAACCAUUUUGAGUAUGCUUGGCCAUCAACUUGAUGACAAAAUGCUUCAAGAUAUUAUCAAUGAAGUCGACGCUGAUGGAUCUGGAGAACUUGAGUUUGAAGAGUUUGUUACUCUUGCUGCAAGAUUUAUGGUUGAAGAAGACGCAGAAGCCAUGCAACAAGAACUCAAAGAAGCUUUCAGACUGUACGAUAAAGAAGGAAACGGAUAUAUUACCACAGCAGUUUUGAAAGAAAUUCUCAGAGAGUUGGACGAUACGCUUACUAAUGAUGAUUUAGAUGCUAUGAUUGAAGAAAUUGAUUCGGAUGGAAGCGGAACUGUUGAUUUUGAUGAAUUCAUGGAGGAGACAAAACUAAGUAAAGAUCAACUUAAAAUUCUAAAAGAUGCAUUCAACGUGUUUGAUAAUGAGAAGAAAGGGACAAUUUCUCUUGAUACAAUUGGCACAAUUUUACAGAUGUUAGGUCAUGAUGUAGAUGAAGACGAACUUGAUGACGUUUGUGAUGAGUUCGAUGAAGACGAAAGUGGAGAAAUUGAAUUUCCAGAAUUUCUUAAACUUGCAUCACGUUAUGUCGAACCAGAGGAGGAUUACGAUGAGUUGAGAAAAGAAUUGAGAGAAGUUUUCAUGCUUUACGAUAAAGGAGCUCGUGGUUAUCUUCCACUGGACGAAUUUAAGAAAAUUUUAAGAGAAAUCGAUCCAGAGCUUCCCGAAGAUGAACUUGAUGAAAUUAUCGAUGAAAUUGAUGCUGAUGGAAGUGGAACGAUUGAUUUUGAUGAAUUCAUGGAUGUAAUGGCGGGCUCGGAUUGAAACUUAAUCCUCGAAUUUAAUCCUUAGAAAAAGCUUCAUACUUCAUCUUUCAUGGAUUUUGAGACCAAAUUGAUUUUUAUAUAACGCAAAAAAACAUUUUUUUACAUUGAAUAAAAUUUUAAUUUGAUUAUUUUAGAUUUAAGUAAAAAUGAACGAUCAAUCACUGGCAAAGUUUCACACAAAUCUUUCGCGUUCAAUUACUGCCGAUCAUGAUUCUUUUUUAUUUUUCGCAUGAAUUCAGUAUAUAUGAGAAAAUUUCAAAAGAUAUAAAAGAAAAAAUGCUUAAGGAAAGAGAUUUUUUCUAUCGAGACAUGAGAAAAAGGGAGAAAAAUGUGAAAUAAUAAACAAAAGUAAAAAUUACAGCAUAAAUCGUGAGUGCAUUUUCAUUCAAUUGAAAUAAAUUCUCAAAUUCAAAUGCAAUUCUU